AUAUUCCUGCAAUACGUAAAAAUGUUGAGAAUUAAGGUAGUUGUGAACACAUAUUUAGUGUUUUUAUGUGACACCCUUUUGUUGAGGUUAAUGAAAAAAAAAUCAUUUACCCAUCUAGGUUCAUUAAGUUUUUUUUAAUUAUUUCAAUGUUAAACUAUUCAAAGAUCAAAUUUUCACUAAAUUAGGUAUGGAAGUAUUCCCAUAUUCUAUGAAAAAGAAAUUAAAUGGGGGUAUACAAGUAUUAUCGAAAACAACCCAAGUGCCAAUAGAAAAAAAAAUGUGCGGACAAUUUUUUUUUAUUGAAAUCAUGAUUUAUUAUUAUUAUUGACUUAUUAUUAUAGGGAUUUUUAAUCCGAGCUUAGUUCAUUUCUGAACACAUUACAAUUUCGAGAAAUGUAUGAACUUUUUAUAAUUUUUAAAGAUGGUUUACACGAGCUAAAACUAGGUAAUAUACUUACGAACUGUCCAUCGUUUGUACAGCGUCCAUCGUUGCUUUAUAUUAUCAGUCUGGGGAGCUUCCCGGGAAAACUGUUCUCGUCCAUGAUUGUCCAUAGCUUGGUACGGUCAAUACUGAUAUGUACCAUCUUGAAGCUGAUGAACUGGUACUGCGUUGCAACCUGAUAUUCACGGUAUUUCUGGAGGAGUUACCGUAAGAUCUGGUCCGUUGUCUAUCGGCCUUCGAUUAAACUGGCUUGAGAGCAUCCCAUAACAACUCUCUUACUUUAGGUGAUAGACAUCGGAAGAUGCGCUGGGAUAACCGGAAUAGCACUUUUUCGGCGACAUUCAAAAUGGUGAUCGCUCGAAAGUUCUCAUACAGUCGCCAGUCUUGUUGGAUGGGACAGGAGGUUACACAUUCCUUCCACUUCUUCAGUAUGAACUUAAACUACUAGCCAAGACCGACAAGUAGCCAAGUUUUACAGGCUCAUCUUGAUGAGUUCUGCUGCGAAUGGCAUCCUACUCACUACUACUACUACUCACAGUAGUGUGUGAGUUAGUUUGUUCAUUUCCUCUGCUGCAUUAACGUAGUCAUUUCAUGGGCUGCCUUGAUCCUCCGUGCCUUCAUUCUCCACGCCAUUCAGGUGCUCUUUGAAGUGCUGUUUCCACCUUUCGAUCACCUCACGUUUGUCCAUUAGAUGACUUCCGUUUUUAUCACUGCAUAUUUCGGCUUGCGGCAUGCAAUGAGCUUGUGUAUUACGAGAACGGCACAGCAGUUCCAUUUCAUCACUAUCCUGUUUUUCCAGGCGAUUUUUUUUUUCAAGAGGCGGGCCUGCUGCUUCCGCUUAUGUCUUAACCGCUUCACAUUCUGUUGUAUUCCAUGCUGCCGAAUUUCCGUCCCCGGUGCGUUCUUCUUCUCCAAAACCAAUCCUUGGCGAACCAAUCGUCCUAUAGACUCCCUUUCUUUCCACGUACCCGAUAGUCAUCUUGGAUGCGUUGUUUACGGCAGCUUCGAUUUUACUCCACUCCUUAACACGUAAAGUUUUGGGCGCAGUUUGAUCCUCACCAGGCAGUGGUCAGAGUCGAUAUAAACACCUUGAUAGGUCCAUACGUCGAUAAUGUCAGAAAAAUGCCGUCAUUUUUUAUUUCAUUUAUUUAGAAUUACAUCAAAUUCAAGAUAAAACUGAAUCAACAAUAUUCCUCCAUAAUACACGGUUCGUGGCUGCCGUUCUCCAUCCUUGGUCCCGCCCGAUGCUCGCCAAGUCACGCUCCACCUGAUCCGCCCAUCGCGCUCUCUGUGCUCCACGCCUUCUUGUGCCAACCGGAUCUGUCGCGAACACCAACUUUACAGGGUUGUUGUCCGCCAUUCCUGCAACAUGCCCUUCCCAUCGCAUCCUUCCGGCUUUGGUCACCUUCUGGGUUCGCGGUAAAGUGCAGCGAGCUCGUGGUUCAUCCUUCCCCGUUACACACCAAGCUCAUGCACACCGCCGCAGAUCGUCCUUAGCACGCGUCACUCGAAAACUCCGAGUGCUUGCAGCUGCAGGUCCUCCUCAAGCAUGUCUCGUGUCCGUAGAGGACCACCGGCUUUAAUGUACAUGGUGCAUUUUAUGCGUGGGUGAAUCUUUUUAGACCGCAGAUUCUUCUGGAGACCGUAGUAGGAACAACUUCCGCUGAUGAUGCGCCACUUAAUUUCACGACUCACGUUGUUGUCAGCCGUCAGUAAGUAUCCGAGGUAGUCGAAUUCCUCCACCACCUCGAAGGUAUCCCCGUCUAUCGUAACAUUACUACCCAGACGGACCCGGUCGUGUUCGGUUCCGCCAACUAGCAUGUACUUUUUUGAGGCAUUCACCACCAAUCCGACCUUUGCUGCUUCGCGUUUCAUGCGGACGUACAGCUCUUCCACCUUUCCAACUGAUCUGGCGAUAAUGUCCAUGUCGUCCGCAAAGCACACAAAUUGACCGGAUUUUGUGAAAAUCGUUCCCCGGCUGUUGAGCCCGGCUCGUCGCAUCACACCUUCCAGAGCGAUGUUAAAAAGUAGGCUCACAUCCAUCACCUUGUCGCAGUCCCUGGCGAGACUCGAAUGAACUGGAUAAUUCACUCGAAACCCUUAAGUUUUGCACACCGCCCAUCGUUGCUUUUAGUCUAGUCAGCUUCCCAGGAAAGCCAUUUUCAUCCAUGAUUCUCCUUAGGUCUGCGCGGUCGAUACUGUCGUAUGCCGCUUUGAAGUCGAUGAACAGGUGAUGCGUUGGGACCUGGUAUUCACGGCAUUUCUGGAUGAUUUGCCGUAUGGUGAAGAUCUGGUCCGUUGUCGACCGGCCGUCGAUGAAGCCGGCUCGACAGACGACAGAAGAUGAUCUGGGAUAUCACUUUGUAGACAGCAUUCAAAAUAGUGAUCGCUCUGAAGUUCUCACAUUCCAAAUAGUCGCCUUUCUUGCGAAUGGGGCAUAUUAUUCCUUCCUUCGAGUUUACAGCCAGUCCUCGCGUGCAUCAGACGUGUUUCUUUUGUCUUAUUCCCUUUCGUUCGCAAUACUCGGAAAAUGUGCGGUGUGCGAAAAAACACGUUAGUGAUUGAUUUUAGCGUUCUCCCGGCUCGUCCCGAGAUUGGGAAGAUACAGACUUUUUUGGAUAAUGUGAUAAAAGUACGAUAUGAAGACGUUAUCAGCAUCCAGUUGCACCAUGCACGCAACUGUGUGUAUGUCGAGAUGAAGUCUUACGAGAUUGCCUCACGCUACCAGUCAGAACAUAACUGGAAGCGAACAAUGCUUUGUGCGGAUAAAGAAUUCAGAAUUCCUAUAUACGUGGAUUGUGAGGCUGUCACCGUUAGGGUACAUGACCUCCCUCCGUCAGUGAGCCAUUCUGCCGUCGGAGAAUUCAUGUUGAAGUUUGGAGAGGUUAUCUCCAUCAGAGACGAAACGUGGAUGCACUAUUUCCCGGGCAUAUCAAAUGGCGUGAGGGUGUUGCGAAUGAAUUUACUACGUCACAUUCCAUCCUACGUUACCAUUGCUAAUGAAAUUACAAUGAUCUCGUACGAGAACCAACCUAAAUCCUGCCGGCAUUGCCACGAACCUAUCCACCCCGGUAAGAAGUGCGUGGAAUCAAACAACGCAGCAUUCGUAAAUCAUCCACGAACAGCAUCUACAGCAUCGUCUCCACCAUCCGACGGACUUUUUACUGAGGCCGAUUUCCCACCAAUUAAUAAAGCACAAAAAGCACCUACAGUUGAAGAAACAAAACAAAACGACGACGAAUGGACGGACAUCGACGACAAUGCUUCGACGAGUUCAUCAUCCGACUUUAUUGAAGCUACAAACAAGCGGCGGCGGUCAAAGCGAGAGAAGGCUGAAACGAAAAAAGUUUGUAGUGAGCAGUGUUCCCCAAACAGGAGUUCGAAGGAACAUGCUACUGGCGCCUCAUCAACCCAAGUUUUUUCUUUGAAAAAUAAGAGCAGUAAUGGCUCGAAAUAGUUUGUUUUUGUUCUCUUUUUAAAUAAGAUUGUCGGCUCUGUAAAGCUGGUAUCGGCGGGUGAGCCAUUAAAUAAACUAACUGAAAAAGAAAAAAAAAAAUAUUCCUUCCUUCCACUCCUCCGGUAGCUGUUCGGUUUCCCAGAUCCCAGAUCCGGAGAAGUGCCGUCCAUCAAUCAGAACGUGAUCAAUUUACGAUUCCGUCUGCUGUGGUGAUCUCCAGGUGGAACGAUAAGAGAAGUUUUGCUGGAAGAAGGUGCUACAAAUAGUCAUGUUCUUGGAGGCAGUAAAAUCUACAAGUCAUAGGGCGUUUUCGUUUGAUAGUUGAUGAGCACUGAUCGUCGGUCUGAAUUUUUUCUCCUGGCCUACCUAAGCGUCAGUAUGUCGUGGCUUAGGCCGUGAUCGUAUUCACGUUUCAAAGAAUGCGUCUUUGACAUAAUCAGUACUUACGGAGUGAAGGCUAAGUUGAACAAUCCGCCUUUGAUCCUCAACCUGCACAUUUAAGAUUAAAGAUAAAAGCAGUUUCCAGUUCUCGUAUGAUUCCGAUUACUUCUUCACAUUCGCACCCUCCCUAGUUCCUGUCCAACAUAUCUCAUGUAGCGAACCGAUGGACCAGCGAUCCUUCAGUGUAUCGGCUAUGAAUCGGCUUCAGUAUAAAUCUUAAGAAAAAGGAUUAAAAAGACUAAUAAAAUACGAACAUUCUUCAUUG